UGCUGCAACACUUUGCGAGGCUGCGUGUGUGUUAGUGUGUGUGUGUGCGAGUGUGUGCACAUCGGUGCUGGCUGACACAACAUUCCACAUCCAGCAUCCACCCAAGAGGGAAUCAUUCUUUUCAUCGUUUUUUUCUUCUUAAAAAGACACCGGGAACCAUGUCUUAUCAAGGCAAAAAGAACAUCCCUAAGAUCACGAGCGACCGGCUUCUUAUCAAAGGUGGCAGGAUUGUGAAUGAUGAUCAGUCCUUCCAUGCAGACAUCUACAUGGAGGAUGGCCUCAUCAAGCAGAUCGGCGACAACCUGAUCGUGCCCGGCGGGGUGAAGACCAUUGAGGCCAAUGGCAAGAUGGUGAUCCCCGGUGGCAUCGACAUUCACACCCACCUCCAGAUGCCGUACCGUGGAACAACCACGGUGGACGACUUUGCUCAGGGGUCCAAGGCAGCUCUUGCUGGAGGCACCACCAUGAUCGUGGAUCAUGUGAUCCCAGAGGCAGGAAGCAGCCUGAUGGAGGCCUAUGACCAGUGGAAGAUGUGGGCUGACGAGAAGGCCUGCUGUGACUAUUCUCUCCACGUGGACAUCACCCACUGGAACGACAGCGUCAAGCAGGAGGUGGACAACCUGAUGAAGGACAAAGGUGUGAACUCUUUCCAGGUCUACAUGGCAUAUAAGGACUACUACCAGAUGAGCAACAGUGAGCUCUAUGAGGUGUUCACUUUUUUGGCAGAGAGGGGGGGCGUUGCUCAGGUCCAUGCUGAAAAUGGAGAGAUAAUCGCAGAGGAGCAGGCACGUAUGCUGCAGAUGGGAAUCUCCGGGCCAGAGGGACACGUGCUGAGCCGGCCUGAGGAGCUGGAAGCGGAGGCAGUAUUCCGGGCCAUCACCAUUGCCAGCCAAACCAACUGUCCCCUCUACGUGACCCGCGUCAUGAGCAAGAGCGCUGCCGACAUUAUCUCACAAGCCCGCAAAAAAGGGAAUGUUGUGUUCGGGGAACCAAUCACGGCCAGCCUGGGUACUGAUGGAACGCAUUACUGGAGCAAGAACUGGGCCAAAGCGGCGUCUUUUGUCACAUCCCCACCUCUCAGUCCUGACCCUACCACUCCGGACUAUCUGAACACGCUUCUGUCCAGCGGAGAUCUGAGCGUGACGGGCAGCGCUCACUGCACCUUCAGCGUGGCUCAAAAGGCCAUCGGCAAGGACGACUUCACUCAAAUCCCGGAGGGUGUCAACGGGGUGGAGGAAAGGAUGUCGCUCAUUUGGGACAAAGCUGUGACUACAGGCAAGAUGGACGAGAACGUGUUUGUUGCUGUCACCAGCACCAACGCCGCCAAGAUCCUCAACCUGUACCCACGCAAGGGUCGAAUCGCCGUGGGUUCUGAUGCCGACCUGGUCAUCUGGGACACGGAUGCCAUUCGAACCAUCACAGCCAAAACACACAACUCGGCUGCGGAGUACAACAUCUUUGAGGGAAUGGAGCUGCGUGGAGCUCCACAGGUGGUCAUUUGUCAGGGCAAGAUUGUUCUGGAGGACGGGAACCUGCACGUGACCUCCGGCGUUGGUCGCUUCAUCCCUUGCUCGCCCUUCCCGGACUACGCCUACAAGCGCAUCAAAGCCAGGAAGCAGCUGGCUGUCCUUCGGGCAGUGCCCAGGGGAAUGUACGAUGGCCCUGUGUCGGAAUUCUCCCUGUCGCGUGGCGGCACACCCUCAGCUUCGGCACGCACGUCACCGACCAAACAGCCUGUCAGAAACCUGCACCAGUCUGGAUUUAGUCUAGCAGGUAACCUUGCACCAUGCGGUCCCCCGACUCCUGACGACAUCCCCAUCAGGCCUGCUGGCCGCCGUAUUACAGUGCCCCCUGGUGGCCGAUCCAACAUCACCUCACUCAGUUAAACACCUUGCCUUCUUCCCAGGUGGACUUCAACUGUGUAUUGUGUGUAGGAGUGGGGGUAGCUUUGACAUAAAGGACCAUUAUUAAUUACAGACAAACAAACUGCAAAAUGCCUUACCUGCCACUAUGCUAGACAACUUUUUUUUUGUCAGUUUGAUGAAGGAUUUGGAUAAGAAUGGAGCAUUUCAAAGGUGUUUUUUUUUUAAACACAAAAUAACCAAAGCACAACCAGUUACAGCCUCUUCUCUAAACAGUGAAAUAUGCUAGAAAAUCUGUGCUGGUGCUUUUGGUAGUUGUUUAACAAAAUAAAUCUGUUCCAAAAACAUUUCUAUACAUUAAACUCACCCUAAUUAGCUUUCCAUGUUGCCAGGUCUGCAAGGUGCAGUACCGUUAGUAAGCGCCAGAGGGCGUUGUAGAUACAUUAGUCGUCUUGUAGCUUUGUGAAUGAUGUUGUUGCAGCUUGGUUUUUUUAGGUUGUUUUGGGGGGGCAAGUAAAUGAAAAAAGGUACUUAGGGGGAAAAAAAUGAUGGACAUGGACCUGCAUGGGCCAUUUUGACACUUUGGUGACGUGAUCCAUGAUCCUUUUAAAGAUGGACCCCAUCCAUGUGAUGUAGUCAUUGAUGAUUUUUUAAAAAGUAGCAAGAGAGUUAAGUGUGUUUCAUUGCCUGAACAUCAUGGUUGUCUUAAAAUGACUGAGUAUCCUUUUGCACUUGAUGAAGUUUAAAGAAAUGUACACUUUGUAGUAUAAUCCCUCCCAGUUUAAAAACAUGCAACAUAGAUACUUCCCUUAAAAACACAAGUCCUGCUAUGCCAACAUGCAACCACUCUAUCAACAGCCUCAUAGUACAUAGGAGUCCAAUAUUCUACCUAAGUAAAGCUGUUCCACUGAGGAGGAAGGAAGGAAGGAAGGAAGGAAGACGGUGCUUUUAUCCAUUUUAUUAGGGCCACACUGAAAAGAGAGUUUAACCAAAUUUUACAAGAAAUUAGUCAUAUUGUUAAAAAAAAUUGUAUACUUAGGAAAAACAUGUCAUAACCUCACAAAUUCAAAGGCAUAUUCAUAAGAUACGUACGAGGAAACAGAAAAUUAUUCAUUCAUUCAUUCAUUUUCUAAUAUUUAAUAUAUAAUGAAUACAAUGUUAUAAGAAAAUGGUAAUUUUAAGCAAAAGAAAAAGACUAGAGAAUAAAGUUGUGAUUGUCAUGCUACAAGAAUAGUGCUGAUGAAUUUAAUUUCAGUGUGGCCUUAAUUAAUUUAGAGAGAUCAAGCUGUGGUGUGUUGUAUUUAUAUGAGUUUGUUUCUUUUUAUACUGUUGUAUCAAACCCCAAAACAUGGCAGAGAUGUGUUGUGGAGGUCUGAUUGGAUUCUGGAAUAAAAAGUUGCAACAGA